UAGUGUUCACAGUUCUGUUCUCUGGGCUUAGAUUUGACUAUGUCUUCAUAUACCAUUUAAUAUUCAUAAUCAUUGGAUUCAUGUGGGAAUUAUGGGCCCAUUCCGGCUCAUUUAAGACUGAAUUAAAAUGGAAAAGGAGUAGUAAUACAUUGAAAUGAUGUGUGCUACGCCUCCAUUAGCUGUGAAAUGAUAAAGUAUACACGUCAAGCAAGGCUCCAUUGACUGGCAGUAGACCAAUUGUUUUGCCGUUCAGAUGUCAGCAGGGAGUGAUAGCGGCUGCCAACAGACUGCUUAGAAAGAACUUUUUCAUUGAUCGGGCUGGAGACGAUACAUAAAUGACAGCAGCAAGCUUCGAUAACAGUGAACCCCGCUACACUUCUGGUCUUCUGGAGCAGAAAUUUUCACCCUAUACUGUCUCCUGGCGCUGUCUGUAGAGUCCAGACAACUGGAGGUUCUAGAGGUAUGGCUUACUGGCUAUUCUGGGUUACUGUGAUCCUCCUCUACAUAGAUGGUUCCACAGCGGCCACUGAUGUGUCCCUUGGAAAGCCAAGGAUCAUCAAGUGCCGAUCACCGCAACAGGAAACCAUAACUUGCUAUUGGACAAAUGGAGAGUUUCGGAAUUUGUCGUUAUCUGGCCUGCUAAAACUUCAAUACAAAAAAAAGACUGAGGCCAACUGGACAGAUUGCCCAGAUACUAUAACUGGGGGAGAAAACAGCUGCUAUUUCAGUAAAACCUAUACUUCAAUUUGGGUCUCUUAUUGUACCAAACUUGUAAGUGAAGAUACUGAAUUUGAUGAUUACUGCUUCUCCGUUGAUGAUAUUGUGGAACCUGACCCUCCCAUGGCCCUGAACUGGACUGUGUUGAACAUCAGCCUGACCCGUAUGCGCAUAGAUAUCCAGUUAAGUUGGGAACCACCGCCCUCAGCAGAUGUUUCAAGUGGGUGGAUAAGCCUGGAAUAUGAAGUUCAUUUAAAGGAAGCCAAUGAAUCCCAGUGGACAAUACUGGAUAAAGUGCAAACUAAAUAUUUACCAGUCUACGCGCUGAAAACAGGAAAGGAUUAUUUCGCUAGGGUUCGUUGCAAACAACUUUCUAAUGGAAAAUUUGGAGAAUUCAGUGACGUGUUGCAUAUACCACUAUCUAUAUUACCAGAGCCUGACCUUCCUGAUGUCCCGUUUCUCCUCUUUCUUAUUAUUGGAUUAUUUGGGAUGCUGCUUGUCUUCAUUUUUAUUCUAGUUUUCAAAAAGAAGAGGUUAAAGAUGAUAAUCCUUCCACCGGUCCCUGUCCCAAAAAUAAAAGGGAUUGAUCCUGAUCUUUUGCAGAGAGGAAAAUUGGACGAGGUGAACUCCAUAUUGGCAUGCCACGAUCACUACAAACAACAGCUGUACAAUGAUGACCCUUGGGUUGAAUUUAUUGAGCUCGAUCUUGAUGACACAGAUGAGAAAAAUGAGGGUUCAGAUACUGACCGACUUCUUGGAGAGGAACAUAGAAAGAACCAUAACUGCUUGGGUGUUAAGGAUGAUGACUCUGGACGAGCCAGCUGCUGUGAACCUGAUAUUCCAGAAACGGAUUUCAGCAACAGUGACACUUGUGAUGGUACCUCGGAUUUAGGGCAAACUCAGAAUGUCAAAGAAAACGAAGCCGAUCUUUUGUGCCUUGAUGAGAAAUCUAAUAGUGUAUCCCCUACGAAUGUCAGCGUGCCAAAUACAGAAGAUGGAAGCCCAAAGCCAGAAGCGGAGAAAACUUGUCCGGUAGCUGUGAGUGAGAAUGAACCGACAAGCUUGCCAGUCUCAGCCCCGAUAAGCAAGAUGAGAGCAAAGCCAAGCAUGGACUUCUAUGCUUUGGUUAGCGACAUAACUCCUGCAGGAAGACUUCUCCUCUCUCCAGGACAAAGAAUGAAGAAUGAGAAUGAAGAAUGUAACCAAACAGUUAUUCAGCACCCAGCAAACCUUAAUCCAGACAGCCCUUACAUUUGUGAAUCUGCUGUGACAGCUUUUUGUGCUGCAAGCAAGCCCAGGGAUACCGAAGCCAGUGUGAAGCCGAAUGUAAUUGAUGAUAGCUACUUCACCACAGAAAGCCUUAACAUCCCUGAGAUGAAUCCUUGCUUUGCAGAGAAGGCCUCAAGCUAUGAUAUGCCUGUCUCAGACUAUACCUCUGUCCAUAUCAUAAACUCUCCACAAAAUCUUGUACUCAACACUACUGUGCUACCAAACAAAGAGUUUCUCGCACCGUGCGGCUACAUGACCCCCGACCAAGUAAACAAAGUCAUGAAGUAGCCAUUUUUUAAAUUCUGUGAUAGUAUUUAAAAGCAUGGGCUUUUACGUUUAAAACCAAAACACUGCAUAUAUGCUUUUUCUUGUGGUUUAUCUUGUAAAGAAAAAAAGCUUAAGCGUAUAUAUAUAUCUAUAUAUUAAGUGUUAAGAAGAUGCCAAAAUGCUUAGCAAGAGAUUUCAUGUAUGUCAUACAAUGUUAGAGUUGAUUGUGACUAGUUCCUGUUAAGUAUUAAUUAUGUGGCCCCAUUGGAUGAUAAGAUUCAAUGUAAUCAUGGUUUACAGUGGAAAGGAAAAGAAACUAUUUUUCCUAAAAAAAAAAAAAUAUAAUGAGACCUGUAAAUAUGAAUUUGUGGAAUGGAAAAACUAGGAAACCCAAGGUCAGGUUUGAACAAUGACAUUUUUUCUUUGAGUGAGCACAUCCAUGUGAAUAUUGCUAAACAAAGAGCAUGAACUUUGAUAUUAGACACUGCAUGUGGUGUAUCAUGAGCAACUAAGGAAUGUUUAUUAAUACCUGUGGGCCGAUGCUUAAGCAGAGAUUGUCGACCUGCAACUCUGCCUUAAAUAUUGAAUAACCAAUUAAGAACAGGGAGCUUUAGUUCAACGGUGCCUGGAGAGCCCUUGGUUGAUUAUUCCUGAAUUAAAGGCAAUUUUAAAGAAGCUACCUUAAGAUUAGAGAUGUCUUUCUAUAGUGCAGUAGCUUGGAUAGCAGCAGGUAGCUAUGAUACAAUCUCUACAGAAAUACUGUCCAAUAUGCCAGCCUUGCUACGUACAUAGCACACAAGAAUUUAGUAAUAACAACAAAA